CUGACGACCACUAAAGCUGCCUGCCUGCUAAUACUUCCCUUUCCAUCUUCACCUCCCGCUGUAGUUCCGACUUUGCAGAGCGCGCAAUCUUCAAAGGAAACCAUACUCGCUACUUUUGCUCCAUACGGGACAUUUACUCCCUUGUCUUGCCUCACCUCCCAUUUCACAUUCCAAACCAUCUCUUCUAUUACCAAACUUCCCGACUUUCAAGGCACCAUCACCACCACCACCACCACUACACUUACUUCAACUUCCCUCACAACCUCGUGUGCCGUCAUCAUGUCGGGCAGCAGCAACAGCGCUUCGCGCAACAACAUCCUGCGAGACUUUAAAAACCUAACGGGCAUGCCCGAAGCUCGCUGCACAGAGUACCUUGAUUCUGCGAACUGGGACAUUGGCCUCGCCGCCCAGGCCUACUACGCCGACCACGACUCCGAGGGUGACGUUCAACCCGCUGCCCAGGCUCAGCCCGGUACUCCUGCUCCCGCCGAAUAUACCGGUCCCCGAACUCUCGAUGGCAGACCCGCCCCGGAGUCUGCGGGCGGUGCGAGCAGAGCUAGCACGGCCAAGAAGGCCGCACCCAAGAAGAAGGGCGUUGCGACGCUCAGCUCCAUCGGCGGCGGUCACGCACACGACGACGACGAUGACGACGAUGACGACGACGUCGACGACAGAGGCCGGGGCGAUCUCUUCGCCGGAGGAGAGAAGUCUGGAUUAGCUGUGCAGGACCCGUCCCAGGAAGGCGGUGGCGCCAAAAAGAUCAUCAGUGACAUUCUCGCCAAGGCGAAGGCCAACGCCUCCCGUCCCGAGGCUGCAUCACCAGCCGGCCCUUCGCGCUCCAGUGUCUUCCGAGGAACAGGCAAUACCGUUGGUGGCGAAGGAACCGACAGCCGCAGCAUCCCCGACCCCAACGCCCCCCAGGAGGGUUCCCAGGGCCCUCCUGGCACAGGCGGCGAGCCUCAGGAGCGCACCUUGCACUUGUGGCAGGAUGGUUUUAGUAUUGACGACGGCGAGCUUCACCGAUUCGAUGACCCGGAGAACGCGAUGGACCUAAACAUGAUCCGCGCCGGUAGAGCUCCUCUGCACCUAAUGAACGUCCGCUACGAUCAGCCAGUCGACGUGAAGCUGCACCAGCACCAGGAGAACUACCGCCCCCUGCCCAAGAAGUACAAGCCCUUCAGCGGAGAGGGACGCCGACUCGGUAGCCCGGUCCCUGGAGAAGGUAGCUCCACCACGGCCGCGCCGCCCUCCGCUGCUUCGGCUGGCAUUCAGGCCACUUCUGCGAGCUCGACGGGCCCUCAGCAAGCCAUUGACGAGUCCCAGCCAACCCUGACCCUGCGCAUCCAGCUGCCCAACGGCACGAGAUUGCCUGCGCGUUUUAACACGACGCACACUGUCAAUGACGUCUACGAAUUCGUGCAGCGGGCGUCGGCCGACACCCGCACUAGGCCGUGGGUACUGGCGACGACCUUCCCGAACAAGGAUCACACCGAUCGCAGUCUGGUCCUGGGCGAGAUGCCCGAGUUCAAGAAGGGUGGUACCGCCGUUGUCAAGUGGGCUUGAGCGGGAUCAUAAAAAAAAAAAAAAAUGGCGGGGAGGGUCGGGCGGCGUUUGGUACUUUGGUCCCGCAGUAUGGCCGGGUGGAGUGGCUCCUUGGGUCCAGGCAUCGAGGCUAUUUGCCUCUGCGUGGCAUGUAGACUAGCUUUUGAGGAAUAGACAUUAUUGCAAAGCAA